AUGUUCUCCCGUAACUUCUUCAUCUUCUCCGUUGUUCUACUGGUAGCUGCCCUAGCCAGCGCGUAUGUUCAGAGCGAUGAAAUAGAGUUCGAAUCUUCGCUUGAAAUUGUCGAAAGCAAAAUUAGCAAGAAGAUUGAAAAGAUUUUGAAGAAAUUUUUUAAAAACAUAACCGAUGUCUGCUUGAAAAAAGCCGUUAAAAAAUGCAAAAAGUACUGGUACAACCCUGCCAAAGUCAUCCAAUGCGCUAAACACUUUUUCAGCAUUAAAAAUGUCGGGUGCCUCAUCGCUGCCUACAUCAUGUUUUCCCGUAACUUCUUCAUCUUCUCCGCUAUUCUGCUGGUGGUUGCUCUUGCGAGCGCAUCUGCUCAAAGCGACGAAAUCGAGUUCGAAUCUUCCCUUGAAAUUGUCGAAAGGAGCAAAUUUGGCAGAAAAGUGGAAAAGAUUUUGAAGAAAUUUUUCAAAAACAUCACCGAGGUCUGCCUGAAGCAAGCCGUCUCUAAGUGCAAGAAGCACUGGUACAAUCCUGCCAAAGUCAUUAAGUGCGCUCAAGAUUUCUUCAACAUCGAAAACAUUGGAUGUCUCGUCGGUGCUUAA